UUUAUUUAAAUCACAUUUCGUGAUAAACAAAAGUCUCGCGCCAAACGGAAGUUUAAACCAACCUUCAACCGCGAAUACCUUCGCCUCAAGGUUCUACUUUUUCGAAUUUAACUUGGUAUAUAAACGACGGCGUCCAACCCGAUCUAAUUACAAACUAUUUGCGGUUUACCAGAACACUCAAUCACCAUGAACUCCUCGUUUUUGUUCAUUCUUUUCGCUGGAAUCAUCUCCACAGCUUACUCACACGCAAUCGGAGCCGUUGUAGCUGGUCCAGCUGAACCAGCGGCGAUUGUAAAAGGACCAGCUACAAAAGCUGUCGUUGCAGGUCCUGAUGGAAGUGUUAUUCAUGCUGCUGCUGAUGCAGGUGCUGUAGUCAGUGAUGGACAUCCAGGAGGAGUUGUAUCUGCUCAUGUAGAACCGGGAUAUGUUGCACAAACUGUUCCUGUUGUAGCUCAUGCAGCUCCAAUAGUAGCUCAUGCAGCUCCAGUUGUUGCUCCAGUUAUAGCUCCAAUUGCUGUAGCUGCACCAGCUAUUAGUAAAGUUGUUUCAUAUAGCAGUGCUGUAAUUGAUCACGCGCCUAUUCCCGUUCAUGCUGUACCUGUUGCAUUUGGACACUCAGUAAUUGGAGAUCAUGGUUACGGUUAUGGUCAUCAUGGAUGGUAAACGGUUAAUUAAAAUGUAUUUAUAAUAUUGAUUAAAUUAAAAUAAACAUAAGCAAAUAA